AUGACUGUUGGGGAAAAAAACCCAAAAAAGCCAAAUAAAACCAUCUUACUCGUGGGUGAAACGGGAGCAGGAAAAUCUACUUUGAUCAACGCUCUAGUCAACUUCACCAUGGGGGUUCAGUUUGAGGAUGGAGUCUGGUUUCAGAUUAUAGAUGAGGAGAAGAGAAGUCAGACAGAAAGUCAGACAUCAGAUGUGAUCGUGUAUGACAUCUUUGGUUUUGAAGAUAAAACUCUGCCCUACUCUCUGACCUACUCUCUGACCAUCAUUGAUACUCCUGGAUAUGGAGACACCAGAGGUACUGAAAUGGAUGAUAGCAUCAGUGAAAGACUAUUAGACUUGUUUCAAUCAGAGGAUGGAGUUAACAAAAUUCAUGCAGUGGGUCUGGUGAUGAAGGCAAGUGAGAAUCGUCUGACUGACCGACAGAAGUACAUCUUUGAUUCAGUGGUGUCUUUGUUUGGAAAAGACCUGGAGAAAAGCAUUGUUGCUCUCAUCACACACUCAGAUGGAGUAACACCUAAAAAUGCUCUCAAAGCUCUCGAAAUUGCAAAAAUUGAAUGUCCAAGAAAUGGAAAUAAUGAGCCUGUUCACUUCCUGUUUAAUAACCAACAGAGAAAAGAGAGAACAGAAAAAAAUGAAUCUUGUUUGGAGACAGCAUGGAGAACAACAGAGAGAGGAAUGGAUGAGCUCGCAGCUUUUCUAGAAAAAACUGCACCUGAAAAGUUGGUGGUAACAACUGAAGUGUUACGUGAACGCAACAGACUGAAAGCCUGCAUACAAAACUUGAAAGAGAGAAUAAAUGAAGUUGAACUCAAGCAAACCGAAGCCAGACAGAGACAAGAAGUGUUAGAGAAACAUAAAAAAGAGAUGCAAAACAAUGAAAAUUUCUCUGUCGAAGUUCUGGAGAUUUACAAAGAGAAAGAAUAUAUAAAAUCUGGGUGGUGGGGUUUGGUGUUUUAUAGUGGUACUGUCUGCUGUACAAACUGUCAGGAGAACUGUCACUUGGAUUGCAGAAUGGCCUGGUAUCCUGGACAGUGUGAUGUCAUGAAAGGAGGCUACUGCACUUCUUGCACCAGGAAGUGUCGUGCAUCAGAUCAUGUGAAAGAAAAUUGGAGAUAUGUGCAGAAAACAAGGAAAGUCUGGCAGACAUCAGAAGACAUGAAAAAGAAGUAUGAAAAAAAUAAGUCUGAAAGUCAAAAGCAGAUGAGCCUUCUGGAACACCUUCAAGAGGAAAUAAGCCAACUGGCAGCAAAGAAGUCACAGUUACUUGGUGAGUGCUACCAACGACUUGUCACACUGGAGCAGAUCGCUCUGAAAGCUGGUUCAGCAUCCACUUUUGUCCACUUGGACUUCCUGAUUGAGAAGAUGAAGGAGGAACAAAACACAGAGAAGGUCCAGAAACUGGAGGAAAUGAGAAAGAGAGUGGAUGAAGGAACCAGAGUAGGGUCAUUGUAUAUGCAGGGAAAAAACUAGAGAAGUGGAAAAAGUGGGGUUAGGGGUAGGAAUGGAUGACUGAGCCUUUGUCCAGACAGAGACAGGAGAGGCGGAGUCCAUCCCCCAAACGGGUUGCCCUGUUUGACCCCGGAAAAAGUUUUGGGAAAGGUUCUUCCUACUGUGUUCUAUUCUGCUCAUUUUCUUCCGAUGAGCCGUGUUUUUGUUUUUUGGGGGGGGUUUUUAUAAAUUUUUUUGUGUAGUUUUUUUUUUGUUCCCUGUUGGGUUUGUUAUUCCCGAAGGAAACCCACCCUGCUGGUUGUCACGAUUACCGGAAAGCCUGCUGACACCAUUGGGUCCUCAGUCUUUGGUUAAUUUUUGCGUUUGUGUUGUGUUUUAUGUUUUGUAUAUUGUUGUAGUUUUUGUGAUUUGGGUUCGCCUUUAUCUAAGUAAUUAUAACUCUUAUAUGAGCUUUUAUGAGGCGAGAAAUAAAUAUAGAAAAUAAAAAGAAAGAAAAAAUUUUUAAAAAGUUUUAUUUAAUUAAUUAUUAAGAUCAAGAAAAUGGUGUGCCGUACACGCAAUGAUUCGACCCUUCAAGGUUCUUCUUCAGGCGCUUGGCACACAAAGAAACUGCUGACAAAAAUGUGGCUGUAAUGCACAGUUCUGUGGCUGGUAAGAGAUGUUCACUCUUCAACGCUCCAAAUCCGAAUGAGCUCCUGGCUGACUCCACCUCCCUUUAUACUGACUGUGUGUGUUUUUUAUGUUUUGUCAAUCCAUUUCCAAUUCUCCUUUUGUAAAACGUGUAUUAACCUUCUGCAUGUGAAUCCUUUUUACCAUUACCCUUAAAUAUGAACUCUAAACAUUUUACAAUACACUGUUUUUAAUAUUUAAUCUUUUUAACUGUAUUUGU